GCAAAGAGACUACUGAUAAGGUCAAAUGUUGUGAGAGUAUUCUUGAUGAGGUAUUAGCUGAGUUUACUCCUGAUGAUAUGGAUAGAGAAAGGCAUAAGCGAAGGAAACAAUCAGCUACUGUGAAUAAGAAAUAUCUGGUUCAUGAUUCACCCUCAAUUGUUACCAUGGAGAAAGAGCAAGUCGUGACAGAAUUUGAAGUCAUCCCUCCAAGUGAUGCCAAUGAGGUCUUUACAUUGAAUGCAGCAAUUGAUAUGAAAGACAAGGACACGCCUUUAAGAGCCAAUGCUGGUUGGAAAGAAGCCAUGUGCACAGGUGGAACUGAGAAUGAGGUUCCACUUGCUUUUGGUUCUGAUUCUGAAUGCCAAACGGAAGAAUUUGAUUUGGAGGCUGAUGGAUCACUUCUUUUUUACAUUCUUGACGCUUGCGAGAAGCCUUUUGACGCUAGUAUGGGUACAAUAUAUCUCUUAAGGAAGGUCAAGGUUAAAAAGGGAGAUACGUACAAGAGUUGCUGUGUGGUAGUUAAUAAUAUCCAGAGAUGUGUUUAUGCUAUUCCAAAUGAUUCAAUCUUUCCUUCCCAUGAACUAAUGACUCUCGAGCAAGAGGUGAAAGAGUCUCGACUUUCUCCUGAAUCCUUCCGAGGGAAGUUACAUGAAAUGGCAUCAAAACUGAAGAAGGAAAUUUCUCAGCAAUUGUUACAACUCAAUGUUUCAAAUUAUAGCAUGGCAAUUGUCAAGAGAAACUAUGCAUUUGACAGGCCUGAUGUGCCUACUGGCCAACAAUAUGUUUUGAAGAUAAAUUAUUCAUUUAAGGAUCCUCCACUUCCGGAGGAUCUUAAAGGGGAGUCUUUUUGCACUGUGCUCGGCUCUCAUACCAGUGCUUUGGAGCUUUUUAUCCUCAAAAGGAAGAUCAUGGGACCUUCUUGGCUCAAAAUUUCAGUCUUUUCUCCACCAUCUCAACGAGUGAGCUGGUGCAAGUGUGAGGUUACAGUUGAAUCUCCCAAGGUUAUCACUGUUUCAAUUCCGAAGGAAAAAACGGUUCAUCCUCCUGCUGUCGUUACAGCCAUUAACCUAAAGACUAUAGUCAAUGAGAAGCAGAACAUCAGCGAAAUUGUUUCCGCGGCUGUUCUCUGCUUUCACAACGCCAAGAUUGAUGUUCCAAUGCCAGGUCCAGAAAGAAAGCGAUCUGGUGUUCUGAGUCAUUUCACUGUUGUCAGGAAUCCCGAAGGAACCGGCUACCCAAUUGGUUGGAAAAAAGAAGUGGCUGACAGAAAUUCAAAGAACGGCUGCAGUGUUUUGAGUUUUGAAAACAGUGAAUGCGCGUUGCUGACCCGAUUUUUUGAUGAGUUGAACAAUUUGGACAGUGAUGUUCUUGUAGGACAUAAUAUAUCCGGUUUUGAUCUGGAUGUCCUUCUCCGAAGAGCCCAGGCUUGCAAAGUUAAGAGUAACAUAUGGUCCAAAAUAGGCCGUCUCAAACGCUCUUUCAUGCCUAAGCUUAAAGGGAACACUAAUUUUGGGUCCGGAGCUACACCAGGGCUUAUGUCUUGCAUUGCUGGAAGACUCUUAUGUGAUACUGAUCUAUGUUCUCGUGACUUGUUGGAGCAGCAGGUCAGUUAUUCGUUAAUAGACCUUUCAAAGACACAGCUAAACCGGGAGCCUAAUGAUAUUCCCAAAAUGUUUCAGUCAUCUAAAACACUUGUGGAACUUAUUGAAUGUGGUGAGACAGAUGCAUGGUUAUCCAUGGAGCUCAUGUUUCAUCUAAAUGUUCUUCCUCUCACUCUCCAGCUUACCAACAUAAGUGGCAAUCUCUGGGGGAAAACUCUUCAGGGAGGCAGCGCGCAAAGAAAUGAAUACUACUUACUACAUACAUUCCACUCGAAAAAGUACAUUCUCCCAGACAAAAUAUCGCAACAUAUGAAGGAAAGAAAGUCAUCAAAAAGAAGAAUCAAUCAUGGUCCAGAAGACCACAAUGUAGAUGAUCCGUCUAAGGGCAACAAAACAAAGAAGGGUCCAGCCUAUGCUGGUGGAUUGGUCUUGGAGCCAAAGAAAGGCUUAUAUGACAAAUAUGUGUUGCUUCUCGAUUUCAGUAGUCUUUACCCGUCUAUUAUACAGGAAUAUAAUAUUUGUUUCACGACUAUACCACGAUCAGAAGACGGUGUUCCUCGUUUACCUUCUAGUCAGACUCCUGGAAUUCUUCCAAAGUUGAUGGAACAUUUGGUCAGUAUAAGGAAAUGUGUCAAACUAAAGAUGAAGAAGGAAACAGAUCUCAAGUGCCGGGAGCUUGACAUUCGGCAGAAGGCAUUAAAGCUCACAGCCAAUAGUUUAUAUGGAUAUCUUGGGUUUUCUAAUUCAAGAUUCUACGCUAAGCCUUUAGCAGAGCUCAUAACACUACAGGAGUUUUGCUUUCUAGUGAUAAAUUUUCUUUGCUUUUCUCUGCUCUUUUGUGAUCCGGUUAAUUCCCAAACAUUGCAGGGAAGGGAGAUACUGCAAAGAACUGUGGAUCUUGUCCAGAAUCAUUUAAACCUAGAGGUUAUUUAUGGUGACACAGAUUCAAUCAUGAUUCACAGUGGACUAGAUGAUAUAAAAGAGGUCAAAGCCAUUGGAGCAAAAGUCAUCCAAGAGGUCAAUAAGAAGUAUAGAUGUCUGAAGAUUGAACUUGAUUGCAUAUAUAAGAGAAUGCUUCUUCUUAGAAAAAAGAAGUAUGCUGCCAUCAAGUUGCAGUUCAAGGACGGGAAGAUUUGCGAGGACAUCGAAAGGAAAGGUGUGGACAUGGUUCGUCGAGAUUGGAGCUUGCUCUCCAAGGAAAUUGGAGAUUUAUGCUUGGCUAAAAUCUUGUAUGGAGGGUCGUGUGAGGAUGUUGUUGAAGCAAUUCAUAACGAACUUAUGAAGAUAAAAGAGGAAAUGAGAAAUGGGCAAGUUGCACUUGAGAAGUAUGUCAUCACCAAGGCAUUGAGUAAGUCACCAGAAGCUUAUCCAGAUUCCAAAAGCCAACCACACGUUCAGGUCGCACUCAGAAUGAGGCAACGUGGUUAUAAAAAAGGUUUCAGUGCUAAGGAUACCGUACCGUAUAUAAUCUGCUAUGAACAGGGUAGUACUAGCUUAGCAAGCUCAGCAGGGAUUGCCGAACGUGCUAGGCAUCCUGAUGAGGUGAAAUCAGAUGACAACAGAUGGUUGGUUGACAUAGAUUACUACUUGUCACAGCAGAUUCAUCUGGUGGUAUCUCGUUUAUGCGCAGAGAUUCAGGGCACAAGUCCUGAGAGGUUAGCUGAGUGUUUAGGACUUGACCCAUCAAAGUAUCGAAGCAGAUCAAACGUUACUACGUGCAGUGAUCCUUCUACAUCCCUCUUGUGUGCUACAAGCUAUGAAGAAAGAUAUAAAAGCUGUGAGCCAUUAGCAUUAGCAUGCCCUAGCUGCUCAGCUGCUUUCAACUGUCCAUCGAUUACUACCUCAGUUUGUGCGUCGAUCAGUAACAAAUCUGAAACAGAGGAAUCUGAUUCUAUAUUCUGGCUUAAACUGCGUUGCCCGAAAUGCGAAGCAGAAGGUAGCACGAGAAGAAUAUCCCCUGCAAUGAUAGCUAACCAGGUGAAAAGGCAGAUUGAUGGGUUUGUGUCAAUGUACUACAAAGACAUAAUGAUGUGUGACGAUGAGUCUUGCAAAUACACGACACGCAGCCCCAACUUUCGUCUGCUCGGUGACUGUGAACGGGGAACCGUUUGCCCAAACUAUCCUAACUGUCGUGGAACCCUCUUAAGAAAGUACACUGAAGCAGACUUGUACAGGCAGCUAUCAUACUUUUGCCACAUCUUAGACACACAAUGCUCUCUAGAAAAGAUGGAUGUUGGUGUCAGAAUUCAAGUAGAGAAAGCAAUGACGAAGAUAAGACCUGCGGUUGAGUCAGCAGCAUCCAUGGCUCGAAGUAUACGAGACCGGUGUGGGUACGGAUGGCUGCAACUGACAGACAUAGCCAUUUGAUAGUUGUAAUAAACAUUUCAUGUAGUUAAAUUUGUUUCAUCUUCUGACAUCACUAUAAUCAAGCUACUCAGUUCUUUUUACACCUAAAGCUUAUUAUCGUAACACUUUGAAAUUUAACCAAUACAA